AUGCUCCGGAAGAUCGCGACUGAGGCCGAGAUCGACGAGUACGAGGAGGGGAAGCUGGACCGCGACUGGUACGACGGCGAGGAGGGCGGCGUCUCCAUGCAGACCGUGGACAACGUGGAGGAGGACCCGCUGAAGCUGGCCGAGAAGGAGGAGAAGAUGAAGCGGCAGCUUGCCGCAGUGGACAGAGUCAACAUCAGGGCGAAGAUGAAGAACGAGGCGAACGAGAUGUGGGAGCUCAACCGCCUCGGCACCGCCGGCCUCGCCGAGCGGAAAGAGUUGAACCUCGACUUCUCGAAGGACGACGAAGAGAAGAGGGUCGCCGUGACCGUCCGCGACACCACGCCGCCCUUCCUCGACGGCCGCUACGUGUACACCACGCAGGCGGAUCCCGUCAGCCCGUUGAAGGAUCCCACCUCUGACAUGGCCGUCCUCUCCAAGCAGGGCUCCAAAGUGGUGAAGAAGGUGCGCGAGGACUCCGAGCAGGGCAAGUUCCGCGCCCGCUUCUGGGAGAUCGCGGGGUCGAGCAUGGGCAACGUGCUCGGCGUGAAGGAGAAGAAGGCCCAGCCGGGCUGCAAGGUAACCCAAGAAGUUAGCUACAACGCCGGGAUCAGCGCGUGCGAGAAGGGCGAGCAGUGGCAGCGGGCCGUGGCGCUGCUGCACCAGAUGCGGGAGGCGAGACUGGUGCCCGACGUCAUCUCAGCUACAACGCCGGAGUGA